ACAGCAGAGAGAAGAGAUGCAGAUGCAGGCCCAGGAGCUCCUGAGACAGCUGCGGAUCCCAGAGCUGGAGGAUGUGCGCCAGUACAUGCACAGCCUGCCCGUCCAACAUGCUGAUGGGCGUGGGCGCCCUCGCCGCCCUCACCACCUACUGGUACGCCACGCGGCCCAAGGCCCUAAAGCCGCCCUGCGACCUCAACAUGCAGUCAGUGGCCAUGGCGGUAAGAGAACGCUUUUGCUACUUUACUUUCAUCUAUUUUACUUUCAGACAUUGGAUGUUGAAAUCCCAGAUUGCCCCUUUAGUGUUCCAGCAAAAAUCCCAAGAGCAAAGGCUUCCGUCAUUUCUGAGACCACUUGUGUAACAGCAUAGGAGGAAGUGAUGAGAAAUAACGGUCAUGGAUUUGUCAACAAAAAAAGGCUACACGUGACAAAAGACGACUGUCUAAAGAUGCAUCAGCGUUCAUUACUGUAUGGCAUUGUACUUGUCCACAGUAAGUUAUUCUUGUAUACAUUGCUGGGGAGUGUUCUAAUGUUAACUUGGUUUAAGGAGGUUCAGACGGUUAACAUGGGUAGUUUGGACAAUGUGUCCCAUGUGUUAGUACUGAAGCCUGUAGUCUUUGUCUGCACAGGUUAAUAUGCAGGUUAAUUUUGUUAACAACACUUUGAAGCGUUGGACCAGGUUUUUGUACUUCAACUUUCAAAAUAUUAUAUCCUAGUAACAGAGUAGGGGCCAGACAACAAGUGUGCUUGUCUGAGCAUGUAGUCUAAGACUAUUUACGGUUUUGAGUGAGUCACUGAAUGUGUGUGUGCACGUGCACCAGUACAGAUUGAAGCAUCUUAAGGGACUCCCCCUAUUUGAUUGGAUAUCAUGUGUAAACCAAGUAAGUCCCUGUAUUUAUCUUUGCACACCCCCGUGCUGGCAGUGGGAGGACUUGAGAAAGCUGUUCCUGACAUUUUGUGUUCUGGCCUACGUAAACACAAAGUUCUUUGCUGUGCCAGCACUACAUUCCUCCAGUCCUCAUCUGUUAUUUUUCCCGUCCUGUGUGUAUGUGUGUACCAAAGACAAUGUGUGGUGUAAUGUGUGGUGUAAUGAAAAAUACUGUAGUGUCUUUGUUCUUUCAGCCAGCCUUCUAUUCAACGUACAGUACAAAGUCAUUAUGCAGACAGAUGAUUCAUUACUAAUGGGAAAUACAGGGGUGGAGGCAGUCUUCUCUUCUUGCAUCUACUGUCAGGUUUUUCUCAGGUGUUUCUAAGUGAAGAUUGAAAAUGGCAGUUUUUCUCAGGGGUUGUUUCAGAAAAGUUUGAAAAUGUAAAAAGGUCUGUCUGUUUGUUUGAGAAGUAACAGUAGCUUUGAACACACACACACACACACACACAAACCCUAAUGAUUUACAGUUCUCCCAGCUGGUCACAGGAGGACCAGAGAAUAGGGUGAAGUUACCCUAUAGACACUGAUCUUGGGUCAGUUUAGCAUUUUCCCUAUGAAUGUUUAAGGUUAGGAUUGCGUGAGAGGAAGCUGAUCCUAGAUCUGUACCUUGAGGAAACUUCACUCAGAGCGGACCAGAGAGACCACAAGGAUGCGACUGGGCCUGUCAGCAUGCGCCCCUUCCUCACAAUGGCAACAAUCUAGGCUGUGUUCCAUUCCAGAUAAUUAGAACCCCUCCCUCCACCCCUCCUCACUCACCCCCUUUGUCCUUGUUCACUCCACUUUACCCAACUACAACUUGACUGGUGAAAGUGAUCUUCUAGAUCUGAAAAGCAGAUCUUGCCUCUUCUCUGCCUCACUCACUCACUGUGAGAGGAAGGUGGCCAGUUUCUCUAACCUCUGCCACUCCAGGUAGCUUAAGCUGGUUUUAUUUAGUCAUUUCAGAUCCUCAAAGGGGGAGUGAGCUAGGGGAGGAAAACAUCUUUAGCCCGUGGGCGUGUAUAAAUAGAUUUAUUUAGCAUAGAAUGAUCAUUAUUUGGUUAAUAAUGGGGGCCUGAAGGGAAAAAAAUUAUGGUCUAGUGUGGGGGCCUCGACGGGGGAAAAAAUGGUCCGGUGUAUUAGAAGUACCUGGGCCAAUGUUCAGGUCCUUGGCGGGAAAUGAACGGAAAUGAGGAGUAAGUAUCAAUGGAGAGUAGAGGGAAUCAUUGAAGUUUUUGACGUACACACUGUACAGUUCCCCCACCCUCAUUACUCAAGCAAAGAAUUGUUGUAUUCCUCCAUAACUUAAGAUGACAAGUUUCAGUCAGAGGAAAUGCAAUUGGGAGUUAAAUGAACAUCCAGUAAUGCAUAAAUUUGAUACUUCACCCAAAAUAUACCUGACCUUAAGCUUACUAUAACUGUACAGUGGCGCACUGUACAGUAUACUCCUGAGUGGCGCAGUGGUCUAAGGCACUGCAUCGCAGUGCUAACUGUGCCACUAGAGAUCCUGGUUCGAAUCCAGGCUCUGUCGCUGCCGGCCGCGACCGGGAGACUCAUGGGCGGCACACAAUUGGCCCAGCGUCGUCCAGGGUAGGGGAGGGAAUGGCCGGCAGGGAUGUAGCUCAGUUGACAGAGCAUGGCGUUUGCAACGCCAGGGUUGUGGGUUCGAUUCCCACGGGGGGCCAGUGUAAAAAAAUAUAUAUGUAUUCACUAACUGUAAGUCGCUCUGGAAAAGAGCGUCUGCUAAAUGACUAAAAUGUAAAUGUACAGUGUGUAGGCCUACAUCAUCAUAAACUUGAAUAAUCACUCCUUCCUUCUCCUUAGGUAAAUGUGAGUUAGGCAUGAGGUGAGUUCGCCAUGCCGACCCCACUAUAUUCAGAGGGAAUUCAUGUGUGUUACCACAGCUGCGUACAUACCGCCACAAGCAAACACCAAGGCGGGACUCAGCGAACUGUACAAGAUCACAGGCCAGCAAGAACCUUUUCACCCGGUAGCAGUCUUUAUUGUUGCGGGUGACUUUGACCAAGCACGUCUAAAACUAAUUUCCCCAAAAUAUCACCAACAUGUAUCCUGCCCCACAAGAGGAUCCAGCGUGCUUGACCGUGUAUACACGAACAUCCGUGACGUGUACAAAGCCAUCCCCCGCCCCCACUUCGGCCAAUCAGAUCAUGUCUCUCUGUUCCUACUCCUCGCCUACAAGCAGCGACUCAAGAGGGAGCCAGUGAGGUGCUGGACAGAGGAGGCAGACCCAAUGCUGCAGGAUUGUUUUGAGAAUACACUACAUGACUAAAAGUAUUUCAAUCAGUAUGUGGACAUCUGCUCGUCGAACAUCUCAUUCCAAAAUCAUGGGCAUUAAUAUGGAGUUAGUACCCCGCUUUGCUGCUAUAAGUCUCCACUCUUCUGGGAAGGCUUUCCACUAGAUGUUGGAACAUUGCUCCGGGGCUUCCAUUCAGCCACAAGUGAGGUCGGUCACUGAUGUUGGGCUAUUAUGCCUGUCUCGCAGUCGGCGUUCCAAUUCAUCCCAAAGGUGUUGAUGGGGUUGAGGUCAGGGUUUUGUGCAGGCCAGUCAAGUUCUUCCACACCGAUCUCGACAAACCAUUUCUGUAUGGACCUCGCUUUGUGCACAGGGGCGUUGUGCACGAGGGCCUUCCCCAAACUGUUGCCACAAAGUUGGACGCACAGAAUCAUCUAGAAUGUCAUUGUAUGCUGUAUAUAUUUCCACUUCACAAUAACAGCACUUACAGUUGACCGGGACAGCUCUAGCAGGGCCAAAAGUUUACGAACUGACUUGUUGGAAAGGUGCCGUCUUAUGACGGUGCCACGUUGAAAGUCACUGAGCUCUUCAGUAAGGCCAUUCUACUGCCAAUGUUUGUCUAUGACAUGGCUGUCAAUUUUAGAAACCUGUCAGCAACUGGUGUGGCUGAAAUAGCCGAAUCAACUAAUUUGAAGGGGUGUCCACAUACAUCCAUCAACAUUGAGGAAUAUGCAUUAGGAACACAGGCUUCAUUAGGAAAUGUGUUGAUGUUAUACCCACAAUAACAAUCCGGACAUACCCCCAACCAAAAACCCUGGAGGAACGGAGAUAUGCGUACACUGCUGAGCGCCCGUACUGCAACAUUCAAUGUCAGCAGAACAAACCCAGACGACUCGGUGGCGUGUGACUCGUACAAGGCAAGCAGUGACGAGCUCUGCAAAUCCAUUAGGGACUCAAAAAGACAAUACAGAGCCAGACUAUACCAAGCCAUCCAGGAAGACUCUCGCUGCUCCGCACGACCAGGUGCUUUUGCUCUCCAAGGCCGACAUGAGAAACUCUCAAAAUAAUGAAUACUCACAAAGCCGCCGGCCCAGAUGGCAUCCCUGGCCAAUGUGUGCUGACCAGAUGGCAGGCAUCUUCAACCUGUCACUGUCCCAGGCUGUAGUGCCCACCUGCUUUAAGGAGACCACCUUCCCAGUGCCCAAGAAAAACAAGGUGACAUGCCCGUCGCGCUCACCUCGGUAAUCAUGAAGCGCUUCGAGAGGCUAGUCAUGGCCCACAUCAAGGCCAGCAUGCCAGGCACGCUGGACCCACUCCAAUUUGCCUAACCCUCCAACAGAUCCACGGAAGAUGGUAUUUACACGGCCAUAACACAUUUGGACAAGAGGAACACCUAUGUGAGCAUGCUGUUCAUUGACUACAGUUCAGCAUUCAACACUAUUGUUCCCUCCAAGCUCAACACCAAGCUCAGAGCCCUGGGUCUGGACACCACCCUCUGCAACUAGAUCCUGGAAUUCCUGACAGGCAGACCACAGGCUGUGAGAUUCGGCAACAACACCUCCUUCACACUGACUCUUAAAACAGGGCCCCCCCAGGGUUGUGUCCUCAGUCCUUUGCUGUACUCCCUGUUCACCCACGACUGCGUGGAUUUGCACGACACCAACUCAAUCAUCAAGUUUGCUGACGACACCAUAGUUGUAGGCCUGAUCACCAGAAACGACAAGUCCACCUAUAGGGAGGAGGUAAGUGAGCUUGCAUUGUGGUGUCAUGACAACAACCUCUCCCUCAAUGUCAGCAAAAUAAAGGAGUUGAUUGUUGACUUCAGGAAGCAGAGGGAACAUGCCCUGAUCCACAUCAACGGGACUGCAGUAGAGUCAUAAAUGUAAGUUCCUUGGCGUCCACAUCACUGAGAACUUGUCAUGGACCAACAACACCACCACUCUUGUCAAGAGGGGGCAACAGCGUCUCUACUUUCUAAGGCGGCUGAAGAAAUUCGGCAUGCCGCCCCGGGUGCUCUCCAAAUACUACCGUGGCACAAUUUAACGUAGUGACAGGUUGCACCACGGCCUGGUACGGGAAUUGUUCCCUUCCACGACCGCAAGGUCCUCCAGCGGGUGGUGAAGACAGCCCAGUACAUCACUGGGACCGUGCUCCCACUCAUCCAGAUCAUCUACUCAAAACUGGGCAUGAGGAAGGCACUCGGCGUCAAGGACCUCACACACCCCAGCCACGAGCUGUUCUCUCCCUUACUGUCAGGUAAACUGUAUCGGCGCAGGAGGUCUGGUCCAAACUGGCUUAGAGACAAUUUCUAUCUACAAGCCAUCAGACUGCUGAACACUUGAACUGGACUAACCAUCUGCUCUGAUUAUCCGCAACUUAUCACACAUGCACUCACUUAUGUACACACACAUAUAUAUAUUACACCAAACAUUAGGAACAUCUUCCUAAUAUUGAGUUGCAUCUACUACCAUACUCCGUUAAAAGGCACUUCAAUCUUUUGUCUUCCCCAUUCACCUUCUGAAUGGCACACAUACACAAUCCAUGUCUCCGUUGUAUCAAGGCUUUAAAAUUAUUCAUUAACCUGUUUCCUCCCCUUAAUUUACAUUGAUUCAGGUGGAUUUAAUAAGUGACAUCAUUAAGGGAUCAUAGCUUUCACCUGGUCAGUCUGUCAUGGAAAGAGCAGGUGUUCUUAAUGUUUUGUAUACUCCGUUCAUGCCGUUCAUAUUCAUGCUACACACAUCACAACUGUUGCUACCAGGCUCUUAUUAUACUGCUCAAUUUACAGUGAGGGGAAAAAAGUAUUUGAUCCCCUGCUGAUUUUGUACGUUUGCCCACUGACAAAGAAAUGAUCAGUCUAUAAUUUUAAUGGUAGGUUUAUUUGAUCAGUGAGAGACAGAAUAAAAACAAAACAAAUCCAGAAAAACGCAUGUCAAAAAUGUUAUACAUUGAUUUGCAUUUUAAUGAGGGAAAUAAGUAUUUGACCCCCUCUCAAUCAGAAAGAUUUCUGGCUCCCAGGUGUCUUUUUUUAUACAGGUAACAAGCUGAGAUUAGGAACACACUCUUAAAGGGAGUGCUCCUAAUCUCAGCUUGUUACCUGUUUAAAAGACACCUGUCCACAGAAGCAAUCAAUCAAUCAGAUUCCAAACUCUCCACCAUGGCCAAGACCAAAGAGCUCUCCAAGGAUGUCAGGGACAAGAUUGUAGACCUACACAAGGUUAGAAUGGGCUACAAGACCAUCACCAGCAGCUUGGUGAGAAGGUGACAACAGAAAGAAGAAACACAAAAUAACUGUCAAUCUCCCUCGGCCUGGGGCUCCAUGCAAGCUCUCACCUCGUGGAGUUGCAAUGAUCAUGAGAACUGUGAGGAAUCAGCCCAGAACUACACGGGAGGAUCUUGUCAAUGAUCUCAAGGCAGCUGGGACCAUAGUCGCCAAGAAAACAAUUGGUAACACACUACGCCGUGAAGGACUGAAAUCCUGCAGUGCCCGCAAGGUCCCCCUACUCAAGAAAGCACAUAUACAGGCCCGUCUGAAGUUUGCCAAUGAACAUCUGAAUGAUUCAGAGGAGAACUGGGUGAAAGUGUUGUGGUCAGAUGAGACCAAAAUGGAGCUAUUUGGCAUCAACUCAUCUCGCAGUGUUUGGAGGAGGAGGAAUGCUGCCUUUGACCCCAAGAACACCAUUCCCACCGUCAAACAUGGAAGUGGAAACAUUAUGCUUUGGGGGUGUUUUUCUGCUAAGGGGACAGGACAACUUCACCACAUCAAAGGGACGAUGGACGGGGCCAUGUACCGUCAAAUCUUGGGUGAGAACCUCCUUCCCUCAGCCAGGGUUGUGGAUGGGUAUUCCAGCAUGACAAUGACCCAAAACACACAGCCAAGGCAACAAAGGAGUGGCUCAAGAAGAAGCACAUUAAGGUCCUGGAGUGGCCUAGCCAGUCUCCAGACCUUAAUCCCAUAGAAAAUCUGUGGAGGGAGCUGAAGGUUCGAGUUGCCAAACGUCAGCCUCGAAACCUCAAUGACUUGGAGAAGGUCUGCAAAGAGGAGUGGGACAAAAUCCCUCCUGAGAUGUGUGCAAACCUGGUGGCCAACUACAAGAAACGUCUGACCUCUGUGAUUGCCAACAAGGGUUUUGCCACCAAGUACUAGGUCAUGUUUUGCAGAGGGGUCAAAUACUUAUUUCCCUCAUUAAAAUGCAAAUCAAUUUAUAACAUUUUUGACAUGCGUUUUUCUGGAUUUUUUUGUUGUUAUUCUGUCUCUCACUGUUCAAAUAAACCUACCAUUAAAAUUAUAGACUGAUCAUGUCUUUGUCAGUGGGCAAACGUACAAAAUCAGCAGGGGAUCAAAUACUUUUUUCCCUCACUGUAUAUACUUGCCCUCAUCCCCCUCUUCCCCAAUACACGUGUAAAUAUUUGACUAUAAACUGUGCCUUUCUGUAUUAUACAUAUGCCAUUUACUUUCUGUUCAUACUCUUAUCAUUUACUGUUUCAUUGGACGAUGUAUAACAUAUGACUAAUAAACGUGAACCCAUAAUAUUUGGAGCGUGCUAACAUGGGUCCUACCAUACCCAUUGUUUUUGCACUAAACCAUGCUGUAGCCAAGUAUAAAUAACCUGAAAUCUGUGCUGAUUCUUUUGCUCCAUAGAAUACUUAUUUGGUAUCCAUAAGAUAGGUAAUGUGUGUGUGUGUGUGUGUGUGACGGAACUACCAUUAUAAAUAUGACACAACCACGAUGAUCAAGUUUCUGUCUCUGUGUAUCUGUCUGUGUCAAGUCAGCCUGAACUGUCUCAUUGUGGCCGAAAUAGGAUCUGGGGAAUGCCUUUGGAUGUUUGGCUUAUCAUUUCAGCAAGCUACAUAAAAGUGAUUCCUGAGUGUAGCAGCUAGACCACUUGCAACAUUUUAACCCAAGGGUUACACAGAGAGCAUGACAAACCCCUUUACUGUCUAUUUUGCUAAGACAUGAGACAUGUGUUUCUUUAUAACCUGCUAUACUUUGUUAUAGGUCUUAUAUCUUCACUGACAUAAGGACAAAAACGUUUUUGCAGCUACUGAACAGUUCAUAACCUUGAAGGCUUUGUUUGAAUGCAGGAAGUUAAGAAGCCUGGAAUAAUGAAAUGUAUUGAAAGUCUCUGAUUCAAAUUCUUGGUAAAAAUAUUUCUAGCCUUUUUUUUUUUUUUUUUUUUUUUUUUUAAACCAUGGUCCUUGGGAUACACAGUGGGCAAGCAUUUUGUUCCUGCCCAGCAGUAACACUUUCAUUUCAAUGGAUCAAGCCCUUGGUUAAUUGAAUCCGGUGUGUUCAUACUGGGUUGGAACAAAAGCCGGAUUGAAUAAAACUGCUCUAAUUAAGUGAUGGCCAAUAAAUCUUCCCCUUGCGAGGACCGGUGUGGAUGCAUGCCUUUGUUCCAGCCAAGCAGUUACUAUUCUACUAAUCACCUAAUCAUAAUCAUCAAUCAAAACUUUGGUUACUUGAAUUAGAUGUGAUGCCGCUUGGCUAGAACAGAAGUCUGCACACACACCGGCCCUCACAGGGUAAGACUGUCCUGUCCACCCCAGCUCUAAGUGGAUCAGUUAUUUCAGUGGCACAUACUGUACACCUGGGUCCUAUUCAGUAGGGUGCACUGUAGCAAAACGGAAAACAAAAAUGUGCAAUUUGCAUUUCAAAACAUUCAUAAGACCCAACUUCUUAACGAUGCCUCACUGUCGUCACAGGGUGACGGUUACGUCAGGCGGUCCAUUCUGAACAACAGCGACGAACACAUGACUUACUACUACAGUGACGCGCGGACCAUGUACGAGGUCUUCCUCCGAGGCUUGCGGGUGUCCAGUGAGUACUCUUCCACAAACAAAUCAACAAACAAACACUGUUUUUUGGGGGGGUAUAUUUUGUUUUGUAUCAGGCAUGCAGCAACAGACAAGUCAUACUCUUAAUAGUAAGCAACUGUAUUAGUAAAUCUAUAUUUUGAUCAUUUGAAUAAUAUACAGUUGAGAUAUCUAUCUACAGUUGAAGUCGGAAGUUUACAAACACUUAGGUUGGAGUCAUUAAAACUUGUGUUUCAACCACUCCACAAAUUUCUUUUUAACAAACUAUAGUUUUGGCAAGUCGGUUAGGACAUCCACUUUAUGCAUGACACAAGUAAUUUUUCCAACAAUUGUUUACAGACAGAUUAUUUCACUUAUAAUUCACUGUAUCACAAUUCCAGUGGGUUAGAAGUUUACAUACACUAAGUUGACUGUGCCUUUUAAACAGCUUGGAAAUUUCCAGAAAAUGAUGUCAUGACAGAAGUUUCUGAUAGGCUAAUUGACAUCAUUUGAGUCAAUUGGAGGUGUACCUUCAAACUCAGUGCAUCUUUGCUUGACAUCAUGGGAAAAUCUAAAGAAAUCAGCCAAGACCUCAGAAAAACAAUUGUAGACCUCCACAAGUCUGGUUCAUCCUUGGGAGCAAUUUCCAAAUGCCUGAAGGUACCACGUUCAUCUGUACAAACAAUAGUACGGAAGUAUAAACACCAUGGGACCACACAGCCGUCAUACCGCUAAGGAAGGAGACGCGUUCUGUCUCCUAGAGAUGAACGUACUUUGGUGCGAAAAGUGCAAAUCAAUCCCAGAACAACAGCAAAGGACCUUGUGAAGAUGCUGGAGGAAACAGGUACAAAAGUAUCUAUAUCCACAGUAAAACAAGUCCUAUAUUGACAUAACCUGAAAGGCAGCUCAGCAAGGAAGAAGCCACUGCUCCAAAACCGCCAUAAAAAAGCCAGACUACAGUUUGCAACUGCACAUGGGGACAAAGAUCGUACUUUUUGGAGAAAUGUCCUCUGGUUUGAUGAAACAAAAAUAUAACUGUUUGGCCAUAAUAGCCAUCGUUAUGUUUGGAGGAAAAAGGGGAUGCUUGCAAGCUGAAGAACACCAUCCCAACCGUGAAGCCCCGGGGGUGGCAGCAUCAUGCUGUGGGGGUGCUUUGCUGCAGGAGGGACUGGUGCACUUCACAAAAUAGAUGGCAUCAUGAGGAAGGAAAAUUAUGGGAUGUAUUGAAGCAACAUCUCAAGACAUCAGUCAGGAAGUUAAAGCUUGGUCGCAAAUGGGUUUUCCAAAUGGACAAUGACCCCAAGCAUACUUCCAAAAGUUGUGGCAAAAUGACUUAAGGACAACAAAGUCAAGGUAUUGGAGUGGCCAUCACAAAGCCCUGACCUCAAUCCUAUAGAACAUUUGUGGGCAGAACUGAAAAAGCGUGUGCGAGCAAGGAGGCCUACAAACCUGACUCAGUUACACCAGCUCUGUCAGGAGGAAUGGGCCAAAAUUCACCCAACUUAUUGUUGGAAGCUUGUGGAAGGCUACCCAAAACGUUUGACCCAAGUUAAACAAUUUAAAGGCAAUGCUACCAAAUACUAAUUGAGUGUAUGUAAACCUCUGACCCACUGGGAAUGUGAUGAAAGAAAUAAAAGCUGAAAUAAAUCAUUCUCUACUAUUAUUCUGACAUUUAAAAUAAAGUGAUGAUCCUAACUGACCUAAGACAGGGAAUUUUUACUAGGAUUCAAAUUCAGGAAUUGUGAAAAGCUGAGUUUAAAUGUAUUUGGCUAAGGUGUAUGUAAACUUCCGACUUCAACUAUAUAUAUAUAUAUAUAUAUACAUACAGUGGGGAAAAAAAGUAUUUAGUCAGCCAACAAUUGUGCAUGUUCUCCCACUUAAAAAGAUGAGAGGCCUGUAAUUUUCAUCAUAGGUACACGUCAACUAUGACAGACAAAAUGAUUUUAAAAAAUCCAGAAAAUCACAUUGUAGGAUUUUUAAUGAAUUUAUUUGCAAAUUAUGGUGGAAAAUAAGUAUUUGGUCAAUAACAAAAGUUUCUCAAUACUUUGUUAUAUACCCUUUGUUGGCUAUGACACAGGUCAAACGUUUUCUAUAAGUCUUCACAAGGUUUUCAAACACUGUUGCUGGUAUUUUGGCCCAUUCCUCCAUGCAGGUCUCCUCUAGAGCAGUGAUGUUUUGGGGCUGUCGCUGGGCAACACGGACUUUCAACUCCCUCCAAAGAUUUUCUAUGGGGUUGAGAUCUGGAGACUGGCUAGGCCACUCCAGGACCUUGAAAUGCUUCUUACGAAGCCACUCCUUCGUUGCCCGGGCAGUGUGUUUGGGAUCAUUGUCAUGCUGAAAGACCCAGCCACGUUUCAUCUUCAAUGCCCUUGCUGAUGGAAGGAGGUUUUCACUCAAAAUCUCACGAUACAUGGCCCCAUUCAUUCUUUCCUUUACACGGAUCAGUCGUCCUGGUCCCUUUGCAGAAAAACAGCCCCAAAGCAUGAUGUUUCCCCCCAUGCUUCACAGUAGGUAUGAUGUUGUUUGGAUGCAACUCAGCAUUCUUUGUCCUCCAAACACGACGAGUUGAGUUUUUACAAAAGUUCUAUUUUGGUUUCAUCUGACCAUAUGACAUUCUCCAAUCUCCCCUUUUGCUAAAGUUAGUCAGGCGGUCCAUUCUGAACAACAGCGACGAACACAUACUUACUAUACAGUGACGCGCGGACCAUGUACGAGGUCUUCCUCGAGGCUUGCGGGUGUCCAGUGAGUACUCUUCCACAAACAAAUCAACAAACAACACUGUUUUUUGGGGGGGUAUAUUUUGUUUGUAUCAGCAUGCAGCAACAGACAGUAUACUCUUAAUAGUAAGCAACUGUAUUAGUAAAUCUAUAUUUUGAUCAUUUGAAUAAUAUACAGUUGAGUAUCUAUCUACAGUUGAAGUCGGAAGUUUACAAAACUUAGGUUGGUCAUUAAAACUUGUGUUCAACCAUUUACACAAUUUCUUUUUAACAAACUAUAGUUUUGGCAAGUCGGUUAGGACAUCUACUUUAUGCAUGACACAAGUAAUUUUUCCAACAAUUGUUUACAGACAGAUUAUUUCACUUAUAAUUCACUGUAUCACAAUUCCAGUGGGUUAGAAGUUUACAUACACUAAGUUGACUGUGCCUUUUAAACAGCUUGGAAAAUUCCAGAAAUGAUGUCAUUUUUUUUUUUUUUUUUUCAUGACAUUAGAAGUUUUCGAUAGGCUAAUUGACAUCAUUUGAGUCAAUUGGAGGUGUACCUUCAAACUCAGUGCAUCUUUGCUUGACAUCAUGGGAAAAUCAAAAGAAAUCAGCCAAGACCUCAGAAAAAUUAUUGUAGACCUCCACAAGUCUGGUUCAUCCUUGGGAGCAAUUUCCAAAUGCCUGAAGGUACCACGUUCAUCUGUACAAACAAUAGUACGGAAGUAUAAACACCAUGGGACCACACAGCCGUCAUACCGCUCAGGAAGGAGACGCGUUCUGUCUCCUAGAGAUGAACGUACUUUGGUGCGAAAAGUGCAAAUCAAUCCCAGAACAACAGCAAAGGACCUUGUGAAGAUGCUGGAGGAAACAGGUACAAAAGUAUCUAUAUCCACAGUAAAACGAGUUCUAUAUUGACAUAACCUGAAAGGCAGCUCAGCAAGGAAGAAGCCACUGCUCCAAAACCGCCAUAAAAAAGCCAGACUACAGUUUGCAACUGCACAUGGGGACAAAGAUGGUACUUUUUGGAGAAAUGUCCUCUGGUUUGAUGAAACAAAAAUAUAACUGUUUGGCCAUAAUAGCCAUCGUUAUGUUUGGAGGAAAAAGGGGAUGCUUGCAAGCUGAAGAACACCAUCCCAACCGUGAAGCCCCAGGGGUGGCAGCAUCAUGCUGUGGGGGUGCUUUGCUGCAGGAGGGACUGGUGCACUUCACAAAAUAGAUGGCAUCAUGAGGAAGGAAAAUUAUGGGAUGUAUUGAAGCAACAUCUCAAGACAUCAGUCAGGAAGUUAAAGCUUGGUCGCAAAUGGGUUUUCCAAAUGGACAAUGACCCCAAGCAUACUUCCAAAGUUGUGGCAAAAUGGCUUAAGGACAACAAAGUCAAGGUAUUGGAGUGGCCAUCACAAAGCCCUGACCUCAAUCAUAUAUAUCAUUUGUGGGCAGAACUGAAAAAGCAUGUGCGAGCAAGGAGGCCUACAAACCUGACUCAGUUACACCAGCUCUGUCAGGAGGAAUGUGCCAAAAUUCACCCAACUUAUUGUUGGAAGCUUGUGGAAGGCUACCCAAAACGUUUGACCCAAGUUAAACAAUUUAAAGGCAAUGCUACCAAAUACUAAUUGAGUGUAUGUAAACCUCUGACCCACUGGGAAUGUGAUGAAAUAAAUCAUUCUCUACUAUUAUUCUGACAUUUAAAAUAAAGUGGUGAUCCUAACUGACCUAAGACAGGGAAUUUUUACUAUAUAUAUAUAUAUAUAUUGCAAAAACCAGGCAAGGGAACCACAACACAUCUAUUUGAUAAUAACAUGCCUAAUUUGAUUGAAAUCACCACUUGCCAUAUUAUACAGUUGUUAUCAUACCCUAAAUUCCUAUAGGUAGAGUUUCAGGCUUUCUUACAACUUUUUCAUGAAAGUUGUUCUACUAAAAAUGUUUGUCUGCAUCAUGCUAUUCUUUUCAGCAGCACCCUCUAUUUGCAUAUAGUAAUUAUUCUCUGGAAGAUAUGUCGGCAGAGUUGCACCAAUGGUUGAUACCAGAACUGGGUUCAAAUACUAUUUGAAGUCUUUCAAAUACUUUUAGCCUUUGCUUUUGUCUGCCUGGAGUGCCAGAUGGAAGGAUUUGCACGUGUGCAUUCUAUUGGUUUCAUUGUACCAGGCAAGCUCAAUCAAGCACAGACAACGUAUUUGAAAUGAUUUCAAAUAGUAUUUUAACCCUGGUCUGGUUGUAACUGACUUGUGGUUUAUUGUCAAAUCAAAUCAACGUGUAUUGGUCGAGUACACAGAUUUGCACAUGUUAUUGCAGGUGCAUCAAAAUGCUUAUGUUUUGAGCACCAACAGUGGAGUAAUAUCUUACAAUACACACAAUUCUAAACUUUUGUAUUAAGUUGUGAGAAGAAUAUCAUAUAAGGACCAUGGUUUUCCAUCAAUAAGCAUGUAGUGAACCGCAGUGAGUUUGUUGUCGUCACCAAGGCACGGCCUUUUACUUUCCAGAUGAUGGGCCCUGUCUAGGAUCGAGAAAACCCAACCAGCCUUACGAGUGGCUGUCAUACCGAGAGGUGAGCUAUACUGCCAAUUAUUUUAUAAUUUUUUGUGAGAUGAAAAAGUAGUUCCAGUUGGUUUCUCUAAGGGCAACGGACUUUAGACAUUUUACAGCCUAGUUUGGUAAUUAGUUAGUUCUUCAGUCACAGUCAAUUUUAACAAUUAACAAAGGGACUGCAUGUCCCAAUUAACUGAAUAGGAUAUAUAGACAAUUAACAAAUGAGAGAUUUUCCCAGUGCCCAUUUUUUUAUAUAGAUGUUUUGUUUAUUUUUUUGAAAUCCAUAUCAAUGAGUUUCCUCAAACCGGUAUGGUUCAUAUGAUUGUUCAAAUGGGAAAAGCAAAGCAUCUUUGCUGUUUGUUUUGUGAAGGUGGCAGACAAAGCUGAGUGCAUUGGCUCGGCUCUUCUCCAGAGAGGGCACUCCCCGACUGGAGACAAGCAUAUCGGCAUCUUUGCCCAGAACAGGUCAGAGGUAAGAGGAAUGAGCAGGAACAAUUCUUCUUUCCCUCCAUCUUUCUUGCACACUCUCUUGUUUUCAAUUGUGCACACAUCACCUUUUACAUAUUCACUGGCUGAGUCUGAAUACCUGUACUUGCGUUCUAAAUAGUAUGCUUUUUGGUAAUGCGAAAAUAGAAAGUUUCAUAGUAUAUAAUAUUUCAAAUGUAGCAUGCUUUAAAUUCCAGGAUGUCAUAUUUAUUUCGGCUUCUCAUCUACAGUUGAAGUCGGAAGUUUACAUACACUUAGGUUGGAGUCAUUAAAACUCGUUUUUCAACAACUCCACAAAUUUCUUGUUAAAAAACUAUAAUUUUGGCAAGUCGAUUAGGACAUGUACUUUGCAUGACACAAGUAAUUUUUCCAACAAUAGUAUACAGACAGAUUAUUUCACUAAUAAUUCACUGUAUCACAACUCCAGUGGGUUAGAAGUUUACAUACACUAAGUUGACUGCCUUUUUAAACAGCUUGGAAAAUUCCAGAAAAUGAUGUCAUGGCUUUAGAAGCUUCUGAUAGGCUAAUUGCCAUAAUUUGAGUCAAUUGGAGGUGUACCUGUAGAUGUAUUUCAAGGCCUACCUUCAAACUCAGUGCCUCUUUUCUUGACAUCAUGGCAAAAUCUAAAGAAAGCAGCCAAGACCUCAGAAAAAUUAUUGUAGACCUCCACAAGUCUGGUUCAUCCUUGGGAGCAAUUUACAAAAGCCUGAAGGUACCACGUUCAUCUGUACAAACAAUAGUACGGAAGUAUAAACACCAUGGGACCACGCAGCAGUCAUACCGCUCAGGAAGGAGACAAAUGUACUUUGGUGCAAAAAGUGCAAAUCAAUCCCAGAACAACAGCAAAGGACAUUGUGAAGAUGCUGGAGGAAACAGGUACAAAAGUAUCUAUAUCCACAGUAAAACAAGUCCUUUAUCGACAUAACCUGAAAAGCCGCUCAGCAAGGAAGAAGCCACUGCUCCAAAACAGCCAUAAAAAAGCUAGACUACGGUUUGCAACUGCACAUGGGGACAAAGAUUAUACUUUUUGGAGAAAUGUCCUCUGGUCUGAUGAAACUGUUUGGCCAUAAUGACCAUCGUUAUGUUUGGAAAAAAAGGGGGUUGCUUGCAAGCCGAUGAACACCAUCCCAACCGUGAAGCACGGGGGUGGCGGCAUCAUGCUGUGGGGGUGCUUUGCUGCAGGAGAGACUGGUGCACUUCACAUAAUAGAUGGCAUCAUGAGGAAGGAAAAUUGUGUGGAUAUAUUGAAGCAACAUCUCAGACAUCAGUCAGGAAGUUAAAGCUUGGUCGCAAGUGGGUCUUCCAAAUGGACAAUGACCCCAAGCAUACUUCCAAAGUUGUGGCAAAAUGGCUUAAGGACAACAAAGUCAAGGUAUUUUAGUGGCCAUCACAAAGCCCUGACCUCAAUCCUAUAGAACAUUUGUGGGCAGAACUGAAAAAGCAUGUGCGAGCAAGGAGGCCUACAAACCUGACUCAGUUACACCAGCUCUGUCAGGAGGAAUGUGCCAAAAUUCACCCAACUUAUUGUGGGAAGCUUGUGGAAGGCUACCUGAAACGUUUGACCCAAGUUAAACAAUUUAAAGGCAAUGCUACCAAAUACUAAUUGAGUGUAUGUAAACUUCUGACCCACUGGGAAUGUGAUGAAAGGAAUAAAAGCUGAAAUAAAUCAUUCUCUUUACAAUUACUGCCACGCCUUGAUCGAGAGAACUCUUGUUGGUUGGGUCAGGGUGUGAGUUUUCUGUUUAGUUUCUAUGUUUAGGAUCUAGAAUUGUAUUUCUAGGUUUGGCUGGGUGUGAUUCCCAAUCAGAGGCAGCUGUCGCUCGUCUCUGAUUGGGGAUCAUACUUAAGUAGCCUGUUUGCAAUCCUUAGUUGUGGGAUCUUGUUCCGUGUAUAGGCUGGUUUUGUGUAUAGCCUUGGACUUCACGUUACGUUGGUUUGUUGUUUUGUCAGUGUGUAUUCAGUUAAUUAACAUGUUCGCAUACCACGCUGCACCUUGGAUCGUCUCUCAACGAUCGUGACAAUUAUUCUGACAUUUCACAUUCUUAACAUAAAAUGGUGAUCCUAACUGACCUAAGACAGGGAAUUUUUAAAAGGAUUAAAUGUCAGGAAUUGUGAAAAACUGAGUUUAAAUGUAUUUGACUAAGGUGUAUGUAGACUUCCGACUUCAACUGUAGUGUGUUUGACAACAGCUGAUAGUCAGAUAAGGUGACGGGCUGUAUCAAAAUUAACAAAUGGCAGGGAACAACCCAACUUGGCAUUAGAUGACACCUCAGUAUGGAUGAGCCUGGUAUGUUGAUUUGUUGCUUACUGGAUACAUAUUUACUAAACAGUUGAUAAUAAAUAGUAUGAGGGAUGGUUUGUACAUAGUACAGUCGUGGUCAAAAGUUUUGAAAAUGACACAAAUAUGAAUUUUCACAAAGUCUGCUGCCUCAGUUAUUAUGAUGGCAAUUUCCAUAUACACCAGAAUGUUAUGAAGAGUGAUCAGAUGAAUUGAAAUUAAUUGAAAAGUCCCUCUUUGCCAUGAAAAUGAACUGAAUCAACAACGAAAAACAUUUCCACUGCAUAUCAGCCCUGCCACAAAAGGACCAGCUGACAUCAUGUCAGUGAUUCUCUUGUUAACACAGGUGAGAGUGUUGACAAGGACAAGGCUGGAUAUCACUCUGUUAUUCUAACUCAAUCAGCAUGACAGACUGGAAGCUUUAAAAGGAGGGUGGUGCUUGAAAUCAUUGUUCUUCCUCUGUUAACCAUGGUUACCUGCAAGGAAACACCUGCCGUCAUCAUUGCUUUGCACAAAAAGGGCUUCACAGGCAAGGAUAUUGCUGCUAGUAAGAUUGCACCUAAAUCAACCAUUUUAUCGGAUCAUCAAGAACUUCAAGGAGAGAGGUUCAAUUGUUGUGAAGAAGGCUUCAGGGCGCCCAAGAAAGUCCAGCAAGCGCCAGGACCGUCUCCUAAAGUUGAUUCAGCUGCGGGAUUGGGGCACCACCAGUGCAGAGCUUGCUCAGGAAUGGCAGCAGGCAGGUGUGAGUGCAUCUGCACGCACAGUGGGCAAAGACUUUUGGAGGAUGGCCUGGUGUCAAGAAGGGCAGCAAAGAAGCCACUUCUCUCCAGGAAAAACAUCAGGGACAGACUGAUAUUCUGCAAAGGUACAGGGAUUGGACUGCUGAGGACUGGGGUAAAGUCAUUUUCUCUGAUUAAUCCCCUUUCCGAUUGUUUGGGCCAUCCGGAAAAAAGCUUGUCCGGAGAAGACAAGGUGAGCGCUACCAUCAGUCCUGUGACAUGCCAACAGUAAAGCAUCCUGAGACCAUUCAUGUGUGGGGUUGCUUCUCAGCCAAGGGAGUGGGCUCACUCACAAUUUUGCCUAAGAACACAGCCAUGAAUAAAGAAUGGUACCAACACAUCCUCCGAGAGCAACUUCUCCCAACCAUCCAAGAACAGUUUGGUGACGAACAAUGCCUUUUCUAGCAUGAUGGAGCGCCUUGCCAUAAGACAAAAAUGAUAACUAAGUGGCUCGGGGAACAAAACAUUGACAUUUUGGGUCCAUGGCCAGGAAACUCCCCAGACCUUAAUCCCAUUGAGAACUUGUGGUCAAUCCUCAAGAGGUGGGUGGACAAACAAAAACCCACAAUUCUGACAAACUCCAAGCAUUGAUUAUGCAAGAAUGGGAUGCCAUCAGUCAGGAUGUGGCCCAGAAGUUAAUUGACAGCAUGCCAGGGCGGAUUGCAGAGGUCUUGAAAAAGAAGGGUCAACACUGCCAAUAUUGACUCUUUGCAUAAACUUAAUGUAAUUGUCAAUAAAAGUAUUUGACACUUAUGGAAUGCUUGUAAUUAUACUUCAGUAUACCAUAGUAACAUCUGACAAAAGUAUCUAAAAACACUGAAGCAGCAAACUUUGAAGACCAAUACUUGUGUCAUUCUCAAAACAUUUGACCACGACUGUAUAUACUUUUAGCGAGAACGAUUUCGGACACGGCGUCAAAGCUUCAUCAAAUUUUACCCCUGUACUGAUGUUAUCCAUGUCCUCUCCUACAGUGGACCAUUUCAGAGCUGGCCUGUUACACGUACUCCCUGGUGUGUGUCCCACUGUAUGACACGCUAGGCCUCGAGGCCAUUGAAUACAUCGUCGACCAAGGUAUGUCACAGGGCAACCACAAACACCAUCUGGUACAAGGUCACACUAGUGUGGCCUGAUAUCCAAAAUCGACCCCUAGACUUUGAUAUAGAAAUAUAAUUUCUAGAACAGGAAAGACCCCUUGGACUAUGGCAAUUUGACUCAUGGGUACUGCACUCAAGAUUCUAUAUUGAGGCAGUUAUUUAGAGCUGAAUGGGUUGGAUAGAUGCAAGUAAUAUGGUAGAAGUUCCACUUCAGAAACCAAGGUGGAGCUAUUACCAUAGAUCAUAUACCUAUUGAAUCCUUACAGAUCUACAUGAUGUGCUACAGUAGCUACGUUCAUCACUGGCUAACGUGUCUGUCUUGGCUUCCUCACCAGCUGUAGAAUGAACUAGUAUCAACCAGCAGACAAGGCGGCCCUUAAAGAUUUGUUUAUGAUAUAGAAGUUAUCAUUUGAACAUACUUUACAGUUUGUCAUAUAAACCUGUUAUGAAGCAUUAUGAUUCACUGAAAUCUUACCAUAACAUUGAAAACGUAAAGGAAAUGUAAUCUGCAUAAACUGUCAUUAGAUGACAAGUCAUGGUUAUGUCACUGUUGUAGGCAUUAUACAAUAACAUUCAAUUAUUGUGUAACUCAAUUUCUCAGGAAAAAAGACUGGACUGUACCUCGCACCAUUACGACCAUCACGGAACAUUAAAAAAAGUUGACCCCCCAAAAAAAGGACAAAUAAAUAAUCCAGUGCCAUCCCAUGUUUUCAGCCGCCAUCUCUACGGUGAUCUGCGACUUGGCGGACAAGGCGCGGCUCAUCCUGGACUGUGUGAGCGGCAAGGAGCACACAUUGAAGACCAUCGUGCUCAUGGAGGCCUUCGACGAGGAGCUGGUGACCCGUGGGCAGCAGAGCGGCAUCGAGAUCCUCAGCCUGAAGGAUGUGGAGGUAGGCUCUAAAAUGUAAUGUACUUCUAUGUUUACAGUAGUCUCGUUUAGCAAAGGCUCUUAUCCAGAGGCUCAUUGAGAAAACCAGCAUGUUCGAGCAGGGUGAGGCACAGAAUUGGUCAUUUUGAUCUAUUUUCUCUAGAUUUAUGCAUAUCCCAGCUAUGUUUUCUUAUGUUAGUGAGCUAAUGUUUCAAUGCGGGAAAAAUUAAACUGAAUUAUGUGCCAUUUUGUGUCUCAUGUUUUCUUUACGAUUUCUUUGUCACCCUCAGGCUGUUGGCAAGACCCACCACCAGCAGCCAUUGGUGAGUAGGACUGUACAAAUCCAUAUUGUGAUUAAUUCAAACAGUGGUGAUUUAAUGAAUCCCAAAGAAACUGUGAUUUUACUAUGUUAUUUGUUUGAAUAUCUGGUAUGUCUGUACUGUUAAAAUAACUAGCUACUAGUUCGCUCUUAAAUAUAUUUUUGGUCUGCUGUAGCCCCCAUCACCGGAGGACCUGGCACUCAUCUGCUUCACCAGUGGAACCACAGGUGUGUGUGUGUGUGCAUUAAUUCUGCUUUUGUGUCAUUACUCUGUAUUUCACAAUUUGCAUAUCCCACGUUAAUCAAUCAAUCAAUCAAUCAAUCAAUCAAAUGUAUUUUAUGAAGUCCUUUUUACAUCAGUAGUUGUCAUGAAUUGCUUUACAGAUACCCAUCCUAAAACCCCAUAGAGUAAGCAAUGCAGAGGUAGAAGCACAGUGGCCAGGAAAAACUCCUUGGAAGGCAGGAACAUAGGAAGAAACCUAGAGAGGAACCAGACUCAGAGGGGUGGCCAGUCCUCUACUGGUUGUACCGGGUAGACAUUUAAGAGUACCAUUAAGGCCAGAUUGUUUUUCAAGAUGUUCAUAGAGGACCUGCAGGGUCAGAAAAUAACCAUAAUGGCUAUAGAGGAUGCAAACACUUCAAGUCUCUAUGGUCCGAUGGCUUUUCAUAGUCAGGGAUUCAAAGUAGUAUGAACAGACUUAUUGCAAAAGCAUCACUGUAGAAAAAUAGGCCAUUACACUGACCUGUAUAAUGUGAUACAUUAAUACAAUUAGUAUGAUAGUCCAAUGUGAAGUAACACACACUGACAUACUGUGUAUAUUAGGGGUGUAACGAUUCGUUUUAACAACGAUUCGAUUUGUAUCACGAUUCGUGGUUGUCGAUACGAUUCAAGGACGAUAUUGGUUCAUUUAGAACGAUACGAUCCGAAACGAUUCAGUGACUUGAAAUCGAUUCAGUAACCUUUUAGCCAAAAAUUCAACCAGUGUGACUGAAAUAAAUACCUGGUAACCAGUUGCAUUUUAAUGGCUGGCAAUAGUCUUGAUAUUUUUAACAGUGUUUCAUGACUCCAUGCAGACCAUCUGGUAUUAUGAAACUUACCAAAAGUCUCACAAGUCCGUCUGUUAUGGCCUGUGCGGUUCGGUCAGCACCCAAUUCAAUCAGUCCAAUAAAGUCCAAAGUAAACUCUCCGUUGCUGGACACAGACACAAUGUAAACUAUUUCCUGCUCAGUUUUUGUGAUGUCCUCAGAUCCAUCAAAAAGCAUUCAGUAAAGGAACAUCCUCAGAAUAGGAAGACAUGGGACGUGCGUGUUUAGCUUUAUGGAAAGAGAAAAAUAUUAAACAGAGCUUGCCGCUGUUCUUCAUUCAGCUUGUCUGGCAAGUGGGCGACUGGACAUUUAUUCUCGGCUAGCUUUUAGCAAUGGCUUGCGCCACAUUCGUGUGCUCCUUGCUCUUUUCAUGUUUGUCAAAUAAAGGAUGGUUGAAAUUCUUUGAGCCUUUAUAAAAUGCACCUGUUUUGUCUGCUAGAUGUGGAUUUGAGCGGCAAAUCUUGCACCACAUUUCAGUGCGCUCAUCGUUAGCUUCAAGCCACUUUUCCGAAAAAAGUAUUUUCUUCGGCUCUGGCUCCAGUUGGCGUUUCUUUGUAGGUGGCAAAACGCCAAAGAAGCUGCUUAAUGUCUGUUGCUUUUUGGACAUCCCUGACAGUAGUUGACAAGCAACAUGUCAUGUGUAAGGUUAGAUGAGAAGAUCGGUCAAGUACGCAAAGGCGCGUAGUAACACAAGUGGCAUUACGCAUUCCUGAUUUUUGUCGCGCUUGCGUAUCUGCGUACCAGUUAUGUGCACCCCUGCAUAUAAAGUCUGACGUGCUUAAAUCCAAUGGGUUAUUUCCUAGUAUCGAUACAAUCGAUUUAUUACAUUUUAAAACGAUGUUAGAUCGAUAUAUGUUGUCCAAAAGGCCAACUCGCCGAGCACAGAUCGAUGUAGUUGGAUCAUAUGAAUAUAAAUCGAUACAUCGAUGUAGUAGAUGGAUCGUUACACCCCUAGUGUAUAUGCAAGUACAUGCAUGAUCAGGAGGAUGUGUGUUACACUUGGACCCUCGUGACAAGAAUGAUCCAGUUGAUGAAAAGCGGUACUAAUCCGUUGUGUUUCCAUGAAUGGAGACUCUCCCACACACAUUAAUUAGUCACUCUAUAAUUAGUGACAUUGUAUACUGGAAACGUGAUACAUCUACCCAUCAAGAUUUAAUAAACGGUCACUUGUUUUAUUUGACUCACCAGGAAACCCAAAGGGUGGAAUGCUUACACAUGGCAAUGUUAUCGCCAAUUGUGCUGCUUUCAUCAAGAUAACAGAGGUAAACUAACCAUGGGUGUUUUGGUUUAAACGGCAACCUCUGUCUGUUUUGUGAUGCUAACACAUUAUCAGAGAAGUGUUUUUCUUAUAACAGGAAGUCGAUUUUAUUAAACCUGGUAACAAUAGAAAACCUAGCUCCCUGUCUUAAAAACAGCAAUUUUUAUCUUAACAUUUGCCUCUGCUUAGUAAAACAAAAUGGGGGCUUUUAUUAUGCUUAGUGUCAUGUUAAUAUGUACUGGUGUAUUCCACACUGUGGAAAGCUGCUAUUUUCCAAGCCUUCCUUGUACUUCCUUACAUCCCCCUGCUAAAUGCCCUUUAAAAUCCAGCCAGUUAUUUUUUUCUCGCUCUUGUUCCUCAAUCUUCGUGUUGACUUUGACUUUCCUGUCUGUCCUCUCCUAUCCAUUCCUUCUUCCUUUUUUCCCUUCCAUAUCUUUUUCCGCUCGGUGUCUACUCAGAGCAUACUCAAGCUCAGCCCUAAGGAUGUGCUCAUCUCCUUCCUACCAUUGGCCCACAUGUUUGAGAGGGUUUUUGAGGUAAUGCAAUGCCUGACGUGUGUGUGUCUUCCGCAGGUGCACUGCAUGCUGAACCUCCACGACAUUCACAUGUCCUACCUACCUCUAGCACACAUGUUUGAGAGGGUAGUGGAGGUACGUACGGAAACUGAUAGAAUGAGGAGAAUGAAGAACCCCUCGUUUCUUUUCACCCUUGUUGAAACAGAGACAUUUUGUGUGUUGUUUUGCCCAUGCUACAGACUACUAGUACUGUAUUAGCGGACUGAUACAGCAAAGGCCCAGUGCACUACUUUUGUAAGAAAAAAAUAAACACUUUUUUUUGUUGUAUUCAGAUUUUUUUUUAGGGGGUGCUGCAGCACCCCUAUAUAUAUGUGUAUUUGACCUUAACGCGGCAAUCAGCAGUAGAAACAAUAACAAAUCGGCCUGCCGACACCUGGUUCUGUAAAAAGCUGAGGGAUGGGGCUGGAGAAAUGUAAUCUCUCUCAAAUUCAUAGACCGAGCUAUGGAUGCAAGGAUUGACCAUCCAUGAUAUCAACAUUUUUUAAAUUUUUUACCUUGUUUUGUGGCUAUAUAGUGUUUUACAUUUUCUUUGUUUACAAACAUUGGAGUAAAACAAGCUUAUAUUUUGGGCUCUGAUGGGGUAUGACAGUUGGACUAAGCUCAUCAGGCAUAAGUUAUAUUCUUCAAGAAUCAAUAUAUGUAUGUAUGUGUAUGAGACCAUAUCUCAAUCAUUCAUUCAUUAAUUUAAAAGUCCAAAAAUGGAUGUAAGAAGCAGAUUGCCCCUUUUUUAGAUACUUGCGCUUAGCUUGAUUUAGUUUGCCGGGUACCAUGGAACCAAUGGAAUAGUCACAAAAGUGCAAACUCAAAGCUAGAUCACUUAAAAUAUAUUAAACAUAUUUUACACAUGUACUCAACAUUUAACGAACACUCUUCCUUUUCAUCUGCCGCCUCCUCCCCCGCCACCAACACCCUUCUCCAGGGAGUGAUCCUGGUGCACGGUGCCCGGAUUGGCUACUUUCAGGGGGACAUCCGGCUCCUGAUGGACGACCUGAAGACCCUGCAGCCCACAGUCUUCCCUGUGGUCCCCCGCCUGCUCAACCGCAUGUUUGACAAGGUCAGAUAUACUGUAGACCCUGAGGGAUGUUUUCGACAAUAAUAUGAUUGUAUCACUUAGUACCAGUAGCUGGAUUUAUUUUAAUUGGACAUUAAUAAAAUACUAAUAAAAUGUAUUGGAAUAGUUGUACAUGUGUAUCGAAACCUUUUUUAUAGCAUGGGUGGGUGUGGCAAAUGGUUUGUAAACCAAGAUGCUUCAUAAACAUUGCAAAGGCGGGUUGGACUGAAUUCGACCACAAAGGUUUCAAAUAGCUUUGGGGUUUGAUAUGUUGUUGAAUACUCCCUCUUCCUUGGAGAAGGGGCGGUAUGUAGCCCAGAGGUCGGACAGGCGGACCAGCAGCCGGACAGUUCAAAUCCUGGGCUGGGCAAUAAAAGAGCAAACUUAACUGUCAACCAACGGGCUGCUGCUUUACAAAUUGUAGCUACUCAUCCACUCCAGUUUUGCCCUUAACAAAGGCACAAGGUCGGGAGCAGGGCAAAAUACGAAUAUCCUUUGCAAGAUGGAAAAUAAUAUCUUAUUUGUCUGUCUCUCCUUCAUAGAUCUUCGGACAGGCCAACACGCCACUGAAGAGGUGGCUGCUGGUUUUCGCCUCCAGGAGGAAGCAUGCAGAGAUGAUGAAUGGUGUGGUCAGGAAGGACAGCUUGUGGGACAAGCUUGUCUUCCAAAAAGUCCAGGUACCCAUGGAUAGGCACCCAAUACUCACGCUAGAAAGGACAAUGUUGACUUUAAUGUUGCAACUUACAUGAGCUAAGUUUCGGGUUCUGGGUGAGGAUUAAGGAUAGGGUUUUUUCAUUUAGUUAGGAUUGUGAGUAUCGUAAAGACGAGGGUUAAUGGUAAAAACAAUUGGUGCUGAGAAAGUGCCACACAUUAGCGUUUUCCAUCAUGGCAAAUUUGUAUGAAGCGUUAUAAUGCAACCCUUGAUUGAUUGGGGGGAAAGAAGGAAAAGAAGGAUUACUUUUAUACUAUCCCAGGUAUUCCUUAGAGGUAGGGUUUCAAGUGUCUCCGGAAGGUGGUCAGUGACUCCGCUGUCCUGGCGUCGUGAGGGAGCUUGUUCCACCAUUGGACAACAGUUUUGACUGGGCUGAGCGGGAACUGUGCUUCCGCAGAGGUAGGGGGACCAGCAGGCCAGAGGUGGAAGAACGCAAUGCCCUCGUUUGGGUGUAGGGACUGAUCAGAGCCUGAAGGUAAGGAGGUGCCAUUCCCCUCACAGCUCCGUAGGCAAGCACCAUGGUCUUGUAGUAGAUGCGAGCCUCAACUGGAAGCCAGUGGAGUGUGCUGAGGAGCGGGGUGACAUGAGAGAACUUGGGAAGGUUGAACACCAGACAGGCUGCAGCGUUCUAGAUAAGUUGUAGGGGUUUAAUGGCACAGGCAGGGAGCCCAGCCAACAGCGAGUUGCAGUAAUCCAGACGGGAGAUGACAAGUGCCUGGAUUAGGACCUGUGCCGCUUUCUGUGUAAGGCAGGGUCGUACUCUGCGAAUGUUGUAGAGCAUGAACCUGCAGGAUCGGGUCACCGCUUUGAUGUUAGUGGAGAACGACAGGGUGUUGUCCAGGGUCACGCCAAGGUUCUUUGCACUCUCGGAGGAGGACACAAUGGAGUUGUCAACCGUGAUGGCGAGAUCAUGGAGCGGGCAGUCCUUCCCCAGGAGGAAGAGCAUCUCCGUCUUGCCGAGGUUCAGCUUGAGGUGGUGAUCUGACAUCCACACUGAUAUGUCUGCCAGACAUACAGAGAUGCGAUUCGCCACCUGGUUAUCAGAAGGGGGAAAGGAGAAGAUUAAUUGUGUGUCGUCUGUGUAGCAAUGAUAGGAGAGACCAUGUGAGGAUAUGACGGAGCCAAGAGACUUGGUGUAUAGAGAGAAUAGGAGAGGGCCUAGAACUGAGCCCUGGGGGACACCAGUGGUGAGAGCCACGCCACCUGGUAGGAGAGACCUGUCAGGUAGGACGCAAUCCAAGAGUGAGCCGCGCCGGAGAUGCCCAACUUGGAGAGGGUGGAGAGGAGGAUCUGAUGGUUCACAGAAUCAAAGGCAGCAGAUAGGUCUAGAAGGAUGAGAGCAGAGGAGAGAGCUUUAGCAGUGCGGAGAGCCUCCGUGACACAGAGAAGCGCAGUUGAAUGACCAGUCUUGAAACCUGACUGGUUUGGAUCAAGAAGGUCAUUCUGAGAGAGAUAGCAGGAGAGUUGGCUAUAGACGGCACGCUCAAGAGUUUUGGAGAGAAAAGAAAGAAGGGAUACUGGUCUGUAGUUGUUGACAUCAGAGGGAUCGAGUGUAGGUUUUUUGAGGAGGGGUGCAACUCUCGCUUUCUUGAAGAUGGAAGGGACAUAGCCAGCGGAAAAGGAUGAGUUGAUGAGCGAGGUGAGGUAAGGGAGAAGGUCUGAGGAUGAGGAUCGGAUGUCAUCAACCUUCUUUUCAAAAUGGUUGAUGAAGUCAUCCACAGAGAGGGAGGAGGAUUCAGCAGGGAGGAGAAUGUGGCAAAGAGCUUCCUAGGGUUAGAGGCAGAGGCUUGAAAUUUAGAGGGGUAGAAAGUGGCUUUAGCAGCAGGAACGGAGGAAGAGAAUGUAGAGAGGAGGGAGUGGAAAGAUGACAGGUCCGCAGGGAGUCUAGUUUUCCUCCAUUUCCGCUCGGCUGCCCGGAGCCCUGUUCUGUGAGCUCGCAAUGAAUCGUCAAGCCACGGAGCAGGAGGGGAGGACCGAGCCGGCCGGGAGGAUAGGGGACAUAGAGAGUCAAAUGAUUCAGAUAAGAUUCUUAUGGUAGAGAAAUGAACAUUCAAUUCUCUGGCAACAGCUCUGGUGGACAUUCCUGCAGUCAGCAUGCCAAUUGCACGCUCCCUCAAAACUGCACAUUUUAGUGGCCUUUUAUUGUCCUCAGCAGAAGGUGCACCUGUGUAAUGAUUAUGCUGUUUAAUCAACAUCUUGAUAUACCACAGCUGUCAGGUGGAUGGAUUAUCUUGGCAAAGGAGAAAUGCUCACUAACAGGGAUGUAAACAAAUUUGUGCACACAAUUGGAGAGAAAUAAGCUUUUUCUGUGUAUGGAACAUUUCUGGGAUCUUUUAUCUCAGCUUAUGAAACACAACACUUUACAUGUUGCGUUUUAUAUUUUUUUCAGUCUGUUUUAAAUGCUAUAUUGAUAUUAAAUGUAGAAAUUACAUGACAUGGGAACAACAUUCCCACCACUUUCAUUGUCAGUAAUUACAUUUUUCCCAUAUUCUUGAUCAGUGGUGAUUUUAGCAUGUACAUCUUGGUGGGGCAAACUCACCCCAAUUUCUUUUAAAUGCAUGCCAGCAAAGCCACUACACAACACAGCACUAAACAAUACAUUAAUUCCACUAUAACGGUAACAAGCGGUGCCCACAAACUGUUAGGGCCUACAUAAAGCUGUCCCAACAGCAGAGUCCCAACAGCAGUCCCAAAACCUUACCACUGCUACACCUGGCUAUUAGCGGAGCCUUGUCUGGCAGCGAAACAGUUAAUUCAUCCUCAUUUACUGCCUUUAAAAAAAACAUGGCUGACUUGCUUAAACAAAUGUGGUUUCUACUGACAAUUGAGAUGUACAAACUAUGGCAUAAGGGGACGACGAGCAGAUAAGAGGCAAUCCGUAAUUUCAAUUAAGACAUUAAUGAGCGAGCUAGGACGGACGUAGUCAAUAUAACUAUUUGUUCAGUACUUUUGAAAUGUACAGCAACAGAAUUCAGAACAUGGGCCGUUCUUACAGUGUUCUCCCUGUACACCAAGUCAGAACCGUAGGAUAAAUAAGGGGGCAUAUAAGCAGACAAUGACAGCGCUUACAAUAUUCGAUGAUUACAUUUCUCUAAAACAGGCUAUAUGUGCACCACCAAGUCAGAACAGUAGGCUAAAUUAUGAGGGGGAAAAGGGACCAAAUUAUUAGGGUGAGGGACAUGGGCUACUAACAGCUUACUACACAACAUACACUUAUGGAUACUGUAGCUAAGAAAGUCAUACUAUUUCCCUGGCAUAUUACAUAAUUUAUGCAGCAGCAUACAAGCCAUUUUUGGACUCUCUUUGUUCACUUGAACAAGAAGGUGGCACGGCAGUUCUUCGUGGGCAAAUUUUGUGAUCAAAGUCUGGCAUUCUCUGGAUUUAAAGUGCUUUCAAGACAACUGGGAACUCGGGGGGGGGGGAAACAACGUUGAAUCAUGACGUCGGUGAUCUUCAGGUCGGAGCUCUAGAAAGAGGCCCGAGUUCCCGACUUGGAAUUCCGAGUUGGAUGACCGUUCAAAACUUAUUUUCCCAGUCGGAGCUCGUUUUUUCCCGAGUUCCCAGUUGUCUUGAACUCACUGAUGUCUGAGAUUUCCGAGUUUCCAGUUGUUUUGAAUGCGGCAGAAGUCAUACUGGAUUGACAGCAUGGCCAAUGUUGAAUGUUUAUCCUUUUAAGCUUGGAAGAGACCCUUAAACCCAGACUUGGACCACCCACUCCACUGAAUAGCAGGCUAGUGAUUGCUUUGCAAUGCUUGCAGUUUGCCACUGAUUCCUUCCAAACCACUCAUUGUUGAAUUUGCGAUUUCCAACUUGUUGUGUAAUGUUUAUAUCCAAUGGCCGAUGAGCACCGAUACAUUUUAUCUAUAAUUUCUCUUCAUAAUUUCUCUUCAUAUGACAAGGAUUUAAAUGGAUUUGCCAGUAGAUUGUCGACUUGAUUCAUGAUGACUGCUAGCUAAGAUUUUGAAACUUUUAUGUUGACAUGAUCUGUCCAAUCAAAGCUAUGGUAGAUAUAAAGUGAUUUGAUGUAAUUUUAUCUGAAACUGGUGGGGCUCAAAACGGGUCGCCACUGUUUUUGAUGAAGAAGGUUAAUGAACUCACUGGUUUGAGACCACAAAAUAAACCAAAAAUGACGCUGCUAAAAUCCAGUCGUAGCCGGCCGCGACCGGGAGACCCAUGGGGCGGCGCACAAUUGGCCCAGCGUCGUCCAGGGUAGGGGAGGGAAUAGCCGGCAGGGAUGUAGCUCAGUUUGCAAUGCCAGGGUUGUGGGUUCGAUUCCCACGGGGGGCCAGUAUGAAAAAUUAAAAAAUAAUGUAUGCACUCACUAACUGUAAGUCGCUCUGGAAAAGUGUCUGCUAAAUGACUAAAAUGUAAAUGUUAUAGCUCUAUAUUAAAAAUACUUAUUGAAAAAAAUUUCAAAGAUUGAAUUUUGUCGUUUUUUUAAAUUAAUUAUAAUUUCUACACAUUUUCUACCUGGUUUAAGUCGUUUAAAUUCAGAUUGGAGUAUGUUUUUCAUUAAUUCCCCCCAAAAUAAUAUAUAUAAAAAGAAUUAAAUUCCUCAGAUACCUGUGACACAUUCAAAACCUCCCACAAUUUGAGUAUCGCUGGUCUAUUGUGUGAGGUACAACCAUGGAUGUCAAUAACAUCUUUCCUCCUUUGUGCUCUCCAGAACAGUCUUGGGGGUCGUGUGAGGCUGAUGAUCACAGGAGCGGCCCCAGUGUCUCCAACCAUCCUGACCUUCCUUCGGGCCGCUCUUGGCUGCCAGGUGAGACUUCCCUUCAUGGAUUUACAAAUUAAAUGACAGGUGUAAGAAAGGAUGAAAACUCCCUCUAAUCCAUGCUUCCACCAAUCCAAUGCUUAUAAAUGCGUGGGGAAGAGUGCACAAAUGCCCCCUUUCCCAGAGAAUUUGGAUGCAGAGCCUGGCUGCGUUCCAAUUCUCUAACCUUCUAAAGAAGUGUGCACUCGUUCACUCCCCCUCAUGCAUUUAAAAGCAUUGGAUUGGUGCAAGCAUGGCUGGAAGGAGUUUCCCCCAUAUUCAUCACACCAGUCCAUUCCUUUUAAAUCCUUCAGGGGGAGUUUACAGGUGCACACUUCAGGAGAAAGGUAGAGAAUCGGAAUGUAGCCUGUCUCAUACCCUAGAGAAGUAGCUCCCUCUUUGUGACCUUUUCUGUUGUUCAACAGGAUUCGCUUUAGAAAGAUUGGCAAUAAUGUUCUCUUUCUAUUAGUCAAAACAAUCACUUCAUGCUUGGGAAUCAACCUCACACCCAACCAGGCUGCUGUGGUGCUGAAAUAUGGAUGAGAAACACAAGUUACUUCAUUACAAUGCUUUCAAAUAAAUGUCUGCUGCUUCUACUUGAUAGUUUUACGAAGGCUAUGGUCAGACUGAGUGCACAGCCGGGUGUACCAUGUCCAUGCCUGGGGACUGGACAGCAGGUAAAACACACAUUCAAGCAUUACCGAUGCAUUCAAUUGCUACCACAUCACACAACACAUACCACUACAUGCUUAAUCCAACAAACAAGUCACACAAAUGGCUCUACACCCUCUCUACACUCGGAUUCUACAAUGAACAAGAACAGUUUUACUUCUGUGUCUUGUGUGGCUCACUGGAACCUUCAUGAAACCUUUGUCAACCAUGUUGGCAUUAUGAAAGAACAGCCAAAUAAAGUGUUACUGAAAUGUGACAAUGCAUCUCUUUCUGCCCAGGUCAUGUGGGAGCUCCACUGCCCUGCAACUAUGUAAAGCUGGUGGACGUGACUGAGAUGAACUACUUUGCUGCCAAUGGGGAGGGAGAGGUGAGGUGUAGAGUUCAUUGGAAGUCCCACCUUGGUUUCUUGUGUGCCUUUGAUUGGAACAGCCGGUCUCAAAUUGCUCCAUAUCCCUCCCCCUUGGCCCUAACCAAUCGAUGUUAGCAUAUCUGAAGGGUCUGGAUAGGUAUAAGCACUAUAGUGGUAAAGCUUCCACCUUACUGAUCUGUAAACAUUGAAGGAUAAGGGCCAAGUGCAGUGGUAGUAGGGUUUUAAUACAUGCGGUAAAGAGAUCAAUGGAGUUCGACCAAAACAAUGGCAACACCAUGGAAACUCCACACAUGGGUCCCCCGUAGUGGAGAUAGAUCCAGAAGCUCCUCAUUGCCGCCCAUGAGCCUGUCAACUUCAAUACAUGUUCAUGUCGUCGUCACCAAUCAACUGCAUUACACUUAAAAACGACUUAAAAUACCACCAUCGAUUUCUAUAUGGCUAGCUAUUCUACCAGCUUAUCUGAACAGGAGUUAAAAUUUAGCAGACACACACUAUAUAUAUACAAAAGUAUGUGGACACCCUUUCAAAUUAGUGGAUUCAGCUAUUUCAGUCACACCCAUUGCUGACAGGUGUAUAAAAUCUAGCACACAGCCAUGCAAUCUACAUAGCCAAACAUUGGCAGUAGAAUGGCCUUACUGAAGAGCUCAGUGACUUUCAACGUGGCACCGUCAUAGGAUGACAUCUUUCCAACAAGUCAGUUCGUAAAAUGUCUGCCCCGCUAGAGCUGCCCCAGUCAACUGUAAGUGCUGUUAUUGUGAAGUGGAAACGUCUAGGAGCAACAAUGGCUCAGCCGCGAAGUGGGAGGCCACACAAGCUCACAGAACGGGACCGCUGAGUGCUGAGCGUGUAAAAAUCAUCUGUCCUCGGUUGCAACACUCACUACCGAGUUCCAAAAUGCCUCUGGAAGCAACGUCAGUACAAGAACUGUUCAUUGGGAGCUUCAUGAAAUGGGUUUCCAUGGCCGAGCAGCCACACACAUGCCUAAGGUCACCAUGCGCAAUGCCAAGCAUCGGCUGGAGUGGUGUAAAGCUCACCGCCAUUGGACUCUGGAGCAGUGGAAACUCGUUCUCUGGCGUGAUGAAUCACGCUUCACCAUCUGGCAGUCCGACGGACAAAUCUGGGUUUGGCGGAUGCCAGGAGAACGCUACCUGCCCCAAUGCAUAGUGCCAACUGUAAAGUUUGAUGGAGGAGGAAUAAUGGUCUGGGGCUGUGUUUCAUGGUUCGGGCUAGGCCCCUUAGUUCCAGUGAAGGGAAAUCAUAAUGCUACAGCAUACAAUGACAUUCCAGACGAUUCCGUGCUUCCAACUUUGUGGCAACAGUUUGGGGAAGGCCCUUUCCUGUUUCGGCAUGACAAUGCCCCGUGCACAAAGUGAGGUCCAUACAGAAAUGGUUUGUCGAGAUCGGUGUGGAAGAACUGGACUGGCAUGCACAGAGCCCUGACAUCAAACACCUUUGGGAUGAAUUGGAAGGCCGACUGUAGCCAGGCCUAAUCGCCCAACAUCAGUGCCUGACCUCACUAAUGCUCUUGUGGCUGAAUGGAAGCAAGUUCCCGCAGCAAUGUUCCAACAUCUAGUGGAAAGCCUUCCCAGAAGAGUGGAGGCUGUUAUAGCAGCAAAGGGGGGAUCAACUCCAGUUUAAUGCCCAUGAAUUUGGAAUGAGAUGUUCGUUGAGCAGGUGUCCACAUACUUUUGGUCAUGUAGAAUAUUUUCUAAACCCUAAAGGACAACUUCAAAAUAGUAUGCAGGGAAAACAGCCAAAUCAGAUUUUAGUAACCACAUUAUGGGUCUGCUAGAACACAUAAAUCAUGACGGAUUUGACGAAUAUCCACAUUGUUAGAUACGCUUUUUUGAAUGGGUGCCUAUGACUGUGUCCUUGUUCUAUCCCUCACGGUCUGCCUUCCAUUGAUCUCUUUACCACGUGUAUUGGGACCGACUGGAAUACUGGGAUGGGGGUUUUCCCAGCUUGCUUUGUUACUUCACUAUUUAAUCAUUAGCCUUUGAGGAGGUGGGUGUGUAGCCUGGUCCCAUGUUUGUAUUUGAUGUGUAUAUAAUUCUGCUUUUUCGCAGGUGUGUGUGAAAGGACCAAACGUAUUCAAGGGCUACCUAAAUGACCCGGAGAAGACCAAGGAGGCCUUGGAUCAGGAUGGCUGGCUCCACACGGGAGACAUUGGGAAGUGGCUGCCUGUAAGUACUGUCAACUCUACAUUCAGCUAGCUCUGUGUUUCCCAAUUCUCGUUCUUGUCACCCAAAGGUUUCCACCUUUUUUAGGCUUGAUGAUGACUUGAUUAGUUGAAUCAAGUGUGUUAGUGCUAGGGCAAAAACAAAAAUGACCCUUUGGGUCCCCAGGACCAAGAUUGGGAAACCCUGAGCUAGCCUAUAAGGCAGGGAUGGGCAAUUGUCCUCUGGUGGACAAUUUCCCAUCACUGCUAAGUUUUGUUCUUUCAAAUUAGUACUUGAUUUAAGACCUUGGGAAACCAGGGUCAUGUUCAGUAGGGCACACCGUAGUAAAACUUUCUGCAACAGAAAAUGAAAAUCUGUGUUCUUAUUGGACACCUUCACGCGAUACCUCUCAUUUUCUUCAUCAUCAUCAUCAUCAUAAUAAUGUAUUAUUAUUAUUGAUUGGAUUUAUAUAGCGCUUUUCUACCAACUGAGGUACUUAAAGCGCUUUACAUAGUAAGGGGGAAACUCACCUCAUCCACCACCAAUGUGUAGCAUCCACCUGGGUGAUGCACUGCGACCAUUUUUGUGCCAGAAAGCUCACCCCACAUCAGGUGGAGGGGUGAGUUAAAAUGCCAAUUAGGAGUAAGGGGGAUGAUUAGGUGGCCAUGAUGGAAUGGGGCCAGGUUGGGAAUUUAACCAUGACAAUGGGGCUAACACCCCUACUCUUACGAUAAUUGCAAUGGGAUUUUUAAUGACCACAGAGUCAGGAUACCCGUUUAUCGUCCCAUCCAAAAGACGGCACACUACGCAGGACAAUGUCCCCUUCACUGCCCUGGGGCAUUGGGAUCUCCUUAGCCCUCCAUCACCACUUCCAGCAGCAUCUGGUAUCCCAUCCAGGGGCCGACCAGGACCGACCCUGCUUAGCUGAUGACCCAGGACCGACCAUGCUUAGCUGAUGAUGAUGAUGAUGAUGAUGACAUAAGUACCAGGCAAAAGAGAAGAUCAGCAGACACUGGCCCACCCCUGCUAUGGGCCUCAAUCUAUGACUGACUAAGAGUGGGAAAGUAGUAAUGGGGCAAAAUCUGAUUUAGUUGAUCACUACUGAGUUAAGUUCGUUUUCUCUACUUUCAGAAUGGCAUUCUGAAAAUCGUGGACAGGAAGAAGCACAUCUUCAAGCUGGCUCAAGGAGAGUACAUUGCCCCGGAGAAGGUCGAGAACAUCUACAUCCGGAGCAACCCAGUGGCCCAGAUCUUUGUCCAUGGCGAUAGCUUGCAGGUGUGUGACAAACCAAAUCGCGCGUGUGCAAACCAAAUCUUCUGCUGUGCGUGUUUCUAUUGAAGCACUUUGUUUGUGGUUGGGUAUGUACAUGCAUAAUGUUGGUUGUGGAUGUGUGCACCAUCUAACUGAAACUUGUUUAGGUUACACUUAUAAUGACUUUCAUGUAUAAGCCACUGCUUGAAAAAUGUUGAUACAUUUUUAAAAUUAGUAUAAAUGCUUAUGAAAUGUAAAAAUCUAAAUGUUUGAAAAUGUCUUGUUUGGCACAGGCAUGCCUGGUGGGCAUUGUGGUGCCUGAUCCGGACUUCUUACCAGGAUGGGCAAAGAAGAAGGGCAUUGAGGGUUCUUAUUUGGAGAUGUGCGCAAGCAAGGUUAGCUAGCUUCAAUGGUAUGGCAGAUUUACCAUCAGCUGACAGUGUAUUCAGUGGCUAAUUUCCACAGUCCAUGCUAACAUACCUCUUACACUUCAACAAGUGUUGUCCUCAGCAAAAUGUCACUGGAGCUUGCAGAGCCUCUACAGUAACUCAUGGAGUGUAAAGCCUUAGAAUGAAGCAAUGUAUUGUGCAUGCUAGUGUGGAUAUCGGAACAGAGCCAAUCUCAUCUCAAACACUCAUCAUCAUCACAGUUUUUUAUGUACUGAAAGUGCUCCAUCUAGAAAAUGUGACUGCUGACAAGCACAUUUUUUAGGGGGAUUGUAUUAACAAUAGACUACUGAACAAAAUACUGAAAGAUAGUUUGAGUGAACUAUCCCUUUUAAGUACAGCCAAUAAGAUGUAUUGUCUACACUGCCUUGUCUAAAGUGCCUGUCUUUCCAGGAGUUGAAAAAUGCCAUUCUGGAGGACAUUCUGAGGCUGGGGAAAGAAGGGGGGCUGAAGUCUUUUGAGCAGGUGAGGAACCCUUCCUAACGCUCCACACACUCCUUAGGCACCAUUUAGACAAGAUAACACUCACAAGCGAUGUUGGUGCCAAAUUGUGCAUGAUUAUAAUGCUGCCUCUAGCCCAGAGUAUUCUUGGAGAAAAAAACGAAACAACAUUUGCAUCUCAAUGGUACUCGGCUUGUUAAAUAAUAGCUAAACACAUAAUAAGCGGAAUAACACGCUCUCUCUGUCCCGUGCAGGUGAGAGAUAUCUUGCUGCACACGGAGAUGUUCUCCGUCCAGAACGGCCUCCUGACGCCCACGCUCAAGGCCAAGAGGACCGAACUCCGCAGUCACUUCCGAGAGCAGAUUGACCUGCUCUAUGCCAAGAUCAAGAUGUGA